AUGGAAGUGUCCGACAACGGCGCCUCGACAUCGAUCAAGAAGAGGAACUCCCCCUCGCCCUCGAUAGAUGGAUCAUCUACGCCGGCGGGCAGCUCCGGGGGAGGCACAUCGACAAAACGACCAAAGGUGAACCGAGCCUGCGCCGAAUGCAAGGAGUCGCACACCGCCUGUGACACCGAACGCCCCUGCGCCCGCUGCGUAUCGCUAGGGCUGGGGGAUAGCUGUCGCGACGCCGAGUGCAAGAAGAGGGGGCGACCCAAGAAGGUCAAACGCAACGCGCGAGGCGCCACCACCCAGAGCAUGCCCAGCAUUAUCAACGUGGCGAUGCCGAAUGCCUCGCUGGGUAUCAGCUUCGGCUCGAUGAUGGGGCACCCCAACAUGCUGGGCGGCGUCCCCUUCUCUCCCGCCGGGCUCCAGUCGUUCGGCCCCGGCGUCCCGCAACACGUGCUCCCUCAGGGCGCAGCCGGCUACCCGGGGGCCGCGGCCGCAGCCGGCGGCGCCCCGUCGUUCCACCCCUUCGCCGCGCAGCUGCAGGCCGGCAUGAUGAUGCCUCCCGCAGCGGCCGCAGCCACGCCACUCAACUCCUCAACCGCCACUUCGCCCGCAUCGGCCGCCGCCUCGUUUCCGCCGCCCGUGUCGCCCGCGCAGGCGUUCGGGCGAUCCGCGCCGUCGGGGUAUACGGGUGUCCAGGUCAAGCAACAGCCGCCGCAGUCGGCGCCCAACAGCGGAGCCUCGCACGCCCACGCCUACGGCGGGUACAGCCACGGCAAUGGCCAGCAGUCCACACAAUCGCCGGCGUCGCCGCCCAGCCCGAUCUUCUCGCACCCGUCGACGACGAUCAAUUCCUCUUCGCCGCCCUCGCAGCCCUCGCCAACGGUGCUGUCGUCAUCGGCCCCCGCCACGGCCUUUCCGGGCAUGACCGCCUCCGCUGCCGCUGCCGCUGCUGCCGCCGCCGCCGCGGCGGCGUCGACGCCGAUGAGCCAACACGACGGCAAGAUGCUGAUGUCGGCCCUCUCCAUGCUGCUCAAGGAGGUCAAGAGCCUCAAGGAGACCACGCACGAGCUCAAGCAGGAGACCCUCAACCUGAAGAACGAGCAGGUCCUGCUGCGCGAGCAGUUCGCCACAUUCCUGUCGUCCCAGGCCGCACCGCACCAACAGCCACCCUACUCCUCCUCCUCCUCGUCGUCGUCGUCGUCGUCGUCCGUGUCGUCGCCUCAGUUCUCGAUCAUCUCCACAACCGGCGCCGCAGCGGCCGGGCAGCAGUUCUCGCCGCCCUUCGGCAACAUUCCGCCGGCGCCGGGCCACCAGCAGCGCUUCGGGAACGGGUCGCGCGGGACUCCCCAGAACCCGGUGCCCUUCUUCAAGGGCAUGCCCUACAUUGCGGUGGAGGGAAUCCAUGUGCCGUCGUUCGUGAUUCGAAAUCCCAACAAGCCGCUGGUGUUUGUGCUGAGGAAGAAGGGCCUCAACGGCAUUCUGGCUGCCGUGAACUAUGCCUUCUGCCGACUGUUCCAGUUCGAGAUGGACGAGAUUGUGGGUUGCUCGUGGCAGAAGCUGGUCGCCCCCGGAGAGGCGUCGCGAUUAUUGCAUCUCGUGAUCCCCUUCCUCAAACGCUUCAACAAGACCUACAGCCCCGUGCUCACCAUCCAGCCCCGAUGUCUCACCAAGGACGGCACCAUCUUCAAAGCGGUCACCCGACACCAGUUCUUCUACGAUCACGUAGGACGGCCUGUGUGGAGCGCCAUCGCGCUGGAGGGCGUCAUCCUGACGGGCGAAGAGAUGAACGGCAGCCAUGCUCACAUCCACCAGGUGCGGCAGGCGAUGGGCCUGGACAACUGGAGCGAGGACGGCCCGACGGGCAUGCCGCACAUGGGCCAGGACAUGCCCGUGCGCAAGGAGGACCCCCACCAGCAGCAGCCACUGCACAACCAGACGCCCUACUCCCACCCCAUGCACGAGUCCACCUCCACGAGCACCAGCACGAGCACAAGCACCAGCACGAGCGUGACCCUCGCCGGCGGCGUCCCGCUGGGCGAACCGGGUCCGGACGGCUGCAGCACGGGCCUGGCCAUGAACAGCACCGGCCGGUACUCGUGGGCGUGGAUGCCGCCGUCCACGCCGCCCUACAUCUCGUCGCCACAGCUCACCAUGUUCGAGGAGGACGACCCUUCCGACCACUCCUGA